AUGGUGAAGGUUACAGAAGCGGCGACGCGUAUACCAACAGCAGCGGAGAAAGUUGUAGCUGAGAUUCAAAAGGCCCAGCAAGAAGCGAGUAAAGCAAGUGACCUGGCGAAGAAGUACCGCACGGAAGUGGAAGAGGCAAACAAAGCAGUGGAGGUGCUUAGUGCAACGAACGUCACGCUUAGUGCUGCAACAAAAGCGGAUGAAGCGGCUAAGAAAGUUCCAUCGGGGACAGCGAUACCUGAAAGUGACUGUAAUGAACUCAAAAACUCUAAGUUUGAUGGGUCUGAGACUCUUUCACUUGGAGUGCAAAAAAUGAAAGGAGCGAGAGUGCGCACCCCUGAGGAUGUCAAGGAAACAGACGGCCUUGAGGCCCUCAUGAAGGCAGCAGUGAAACAUGCAGAUAAUGCAGUAGAGCUCGCGAAGACUGAGAAAUCAACCGCGGAAGCAGAGUUGCGGCAAGCCAUCACGGAGCUGGAAGCCGCUGAAAAGAAACAGAAGGAGAGUGAGAAGCAGAAAGAGGAGAUUCUGGAAAGCGAAGUGAGUGAAAGGGAUGAACAGAAAGGACUCAACCGUCCCCAUCAACCCGACACCACUGAUGCCACUUCGAAUCCUCCUGCUGGUGCGCUGUUGCCUAAGACUGAUGGCACUGCGGAUGGCGAGAAGCUUCUUGCUCAGCACACAGAUGGCAGCGACGUCCCCGCGUGGGUGCGUGCGCCGCUGAUGCUGCUGCUGAUGGCCUGUGUGGCUGUGUUGUAA